GCUGGCGUCAUCAGCACGCGCCGCACCCGGAAGAGACGUGGCAGCGGAGGGAUAAUCGGAGCGGCCCGAGGCAGAGAGCGCAGAGCGGGAGGUCGGCUGAGCGCGGUGUCUCUCCUUCCGCGCCUCGGGCCAGCGCUCGCGCCCGUCGGCACCCGUGCGGCGGUCAAUCGACCCCUUUCUCAGGGUCGAAUAUGGGACUUUGCAAGUGCCCCAAGAGGAAGGUCACCAAUCUGUUUUGCUUCGAACACCGGGUCAACGUCUGCGAGCACUGCCUGGUAGCCAAUCACGCCAAGUGCAUCGUCCAGUCCUAUCUGCAGUGGCUCCAAGAUAGUGACUACAAUCCGAAUUGCCGCCUGUGCAACAUACCCCUCGCCAACCGGGAGACGACCCGCCUUGUCUGUUAUGACCUCUUCCACUGGGCCUGCCUCAAUGAACGUGCUGCCCAGCUACCCCGAAACACAGCGCCUGCUGGCUACCAGUGUCCCACCUGCAGUGGGCCCAUCUUCCCCUCAAACAACCUGGCUGGCCCUGUGGCUUCCGCACUGAGAGAGAAGCUGGCCACGGUCAACUGGGCCCGGGCAGGACUGGGCCUUCCUCUGAUUGAUGAGGUGGUGAGCCCAGAACCCGAGCCCCUCAACACCUCUGACUUCUCUGACUGGUCUAGCUUUAAUGCCAGUGGUACUGCUGAACAGGAGGAGAUAACCAGCACUUCCGCUGCCCCAUCGUUCUACAGCCAAGUCCCCCGGCCCCCCGCUUCCCCGAGCCGGCCCGAGCAGCACACAGUGAUUCACAUGGGCAAUCCUGAGCCCUUGACUCACGCCUCAGCCCCGAGGAAGGUGUAUGACACGCGGGAUGAUGACCGUUCACCAGGCCUCCACGGGGAUUGUGAUGACGACAAGUACCGUCGCCGGCCUGCCCUGGGCUGGCUGGCCCAGCUGCUCAGGAGCCGGGCUGGGUCUCGUAAGCGGCCGCUGACCCUGCUGCAGCGGGCAGGGCUGCUGCUGCUCCUGGGGCUGUUGGGCUUUCUGGCCCUCCUCGCGCUCAUGUCUCGCCUGGGCCGAGCCGCAGCUGACAGCGAUCCCAACCUGGACCCCCUCAUGAACCCUCACAUCCGUGUGGGUCCCUCCUGAGCCCUCGCUGGGAGCCGGGCCAGCCUAGGACCUGGGGGCCUGAGGUAGGGCGGUCUAGGGACUUUCCUUCUGCUCCUCUUUUUCAAGCCUGAGACACUAAGAUCCCAGGCCCAGUCCAGUCCAUGAGAGGGGCUGCUGGCUGGGCCUGGGGCCCCCGCAGGGCAAACGUUUGUCUUGACCUGCUUACCCUGAGUCUCCAGCCCCCCCGCCCUCCCCACAAAGGAGAUGACAGGUGGAAAUAAAUGACAGACUUUAUUAAAA